GUUUCUAAUGAAGCUGAGUCAUGAGACUGUGACCAUCGAACUGAAGAAUGGGACACAGGUGCACGGGACUAUCACAGGAGUGGAUGUCAGCAUGAACACGCAUCUCAAAGCAGUGAAAAUGACACUGAAGAACAGAGAACCUGUACAGCUGGAGACGCUGAGUAUUCGAGGGAACAACAUCCGAUACUUCAUUCUGCCAGACAGUUUGCCUCUGGAUACUUUGCUAGUGGACGUGGAACCAAAAGUCAAAUCCAAGAAAAGAGAAGCAGUUGCUGGAAGAGGCCGUGGCAGAGGCCGUGGCAGAGGCCGAGGUCGUGGAAGAGGAAGAGGGGGCCCAAGACGGUAACUUCUCACCACGCAACUGUUACCAAAUUCUGGGCAGUUUUGGAUAUUUUUUUGUACAGGUCUUGUUUACGGUAUCCGUUUUUAAUAAACCUAGACGUGAAGAA